AGCUCCACCCGUUCCCCCCAUCAUUUAUAAUAGUUUAUUAAUGUUUCCUUUUUUUUUUUUGUUUGUCGUUUUGUAGCAUGAUGAUAUUAGUUAGGGUUAGGGUUAGGGUUAGGGUUAGGGAUAUAUAUACCCCAUCAAAAAAUCCCUCUUUAGAUCGAUAACUAAUGGGGGGAACGGGCGGUACACUUUCCGCGAUUUAUUUCGAUUACUUUUUUUUUUCUUGAUAGUCUUUUUGAAAUGUCAUUGUAAUGAAACAUUAUUUAGACAUCAAAACGUAAUUUCUGACUGCAUAUUGUCAAUAGUCUAUCGCCAACCAAUCAGCUUGCAGUAUACAAAUGCGUGACGACGGCUAGAGGAAUGUUUUUUACAAAGCCUUCAACGUUGUGACACCAAACUCGUCACCUGCAGAUUUUACAAAAUGCCAUCUACCAGAAGCGCGAACACCCCAUCACGGAGAACAUCUAGUCGAAGAACUCCGGCUAAAUCACCAAAAAUACAAAGUACUAAACACAAAGCUUCAAAAUCUGACAACAGUAAUGGUAGCAAAUCAUGUACAGACGUUUCUACUGAUAUUUCAAUGGGUACUAAACCUACAGCUGGAAAAGUGUCGGCUGUCACAACACGCAGAAGACGGUCCGAGAACAGUGAUGUUGAGACUCCUGUCCCUGUGAAACGAAGCAAGCAGCAGUGUGGUGCAGAAAUACAAACAACCCCUGCUAAACAACAGUCUGCUUGUGUAUCAUCAAACAGCAAGCCAUUUCCGGUUGUCGAUGAGGACCGUAAAACCCAAAAUGAUGACGACAAUAUUCCAACAAAUGUUAAUAAUAAGGAUGCUUUAGGAAAUGUUGAUGAUAAGAAUGAUUCAAGUAAAAACAGUUUGAGAGGGUUGAAAAAGAACAGUGUUGAUGAAGUACAAGUAUCCACAGAAGCGCCAGAGAUACAGAACAAAGAUCAAAGUAUGUCCAGUUCUGUUGAUGCUGAAGUUGGUAAAUACACAAAAAGAGGACGACCAGCAAAUCAAGCAUGCUUGAAAGAGCAGACGAUAUCGAAUGUUGGUGAAACCUCGAUAAAUAAACCAGAAAAUCAACUUGAAGCAAAGAGUGCUGGUUCUGCAGAAGUGAAGCCUGAAGAUAUUUCUUCUGUCAAUAAGACAAGUCCAGUGGUUGACUUCUCACCAAGAAGAAGUGGUAGAGCUAUGGUACCAAACAGACGAUAUCUGGAAAUUGAAGACCACAUGGAAAAGAAGAAAACAAAGAAAGGAACCGGUUCAAGAAAGACAUUACAAAAGGAACCUAAAACUAGUCCUGAUAGUUCAAGCAAGUCACACAUUCCAAGAACUGGGAAUGCUGUGGUAAAUGAACAGAAGCAGAAGACGGAAAACACUGAGCAUUUGCAAGUGCCCAAGAGUACUGUAACCAUUGGCGACAACAACAAAGGAAAGAUUAGUCAAGUUGUAUGGGAUAACAAAGCAACAGGAAAUGUUGGAACCCUACAGUUCAGCAAACACAAAGAUGUGAACGUAUCCGUCUGUAGUUUGAAUUUUAAAAAGACAAGUGAUGUUGUGUCUUCUAAAGAAACAGUUCCUUCAAAUACUUCAGAUAAGACUGAACGUUUGAGUUGUGCAAUAUUGGAAAGCUCGGUUCUUUCACCAGUUGUAGGUAAGCAGAUCAUUGAUGCAAAAAGUAUUCCUCAAAGUCAGACUGACAGUGAGAUCAGUGUUGCAGAAGAAGAAAAAAUAAAUAAACUGGAAGUAAGUUCUAAUUCAUCCUUACCUACCUCAGUUCUCAUCACUGACAGUUCAUCAAUGUCGACUACCUCACGUCAAACAGCUGGACUCGUAUCCUCAAAAACUAACAAAGGGAAAGAAAAAAAUAAUCAGACCAUCUCCCAAAAUGUAGUCGCGAACAAAGUAAUCACAUCACAAACCUGUGUGGUGGUCUCAAAAGAUGUGGAAGCUGAUGAGCCUGACACAGGUGAUUCAGUUUCGAUUCCAGCAGCCAGGGUUGCAACAUCCACCAACACGUGCAGUAGAGGAGAUAAUUUGCAGUCAACCUUACAGAGAUCUGUGGUCAAUGAGGACAAAAAGGGUGACGUGAGACCUUCUGGUUCCCCAAAGGCAGCAGUGAUGAUGAAGAGACCAAUAGUCCAUGUUAGACGUUCAUCGGGAUCUAGACCACCUCGUGAGAUUCAGACACAGACCAUCUACAAAGUGAAUCUAGAUGGGACUUCAACACGAACUGUCAUCAUCUUGGAUCGAGAUGACAUUUCAACCAAGGGGAAAUCACUCCUCAAACCUCAAAGUUCCAAAAACAGUGUAGAUUUGCAGAGGGAGUAUGUUGAGAAAAAGGAGAAAGAAUUGGCCAGCACCGGAGAACCAAAAGGAUCUCAAACAGAUGAGAAAUCUUCAGGUGAUUUAGCUGAUUUGGCUGCAUCUGUACUGAAGGAAGUGUCUGCAGAGAGUAGCAGAACAAUUAAUUUGGUUGAGAAUUCUUCUGCUGGUGGUAAUCAAGGUUUGCCAACUACUCCAGGGAAAAUACAAAAAGCCACAACAAGACAAAAUAUCCCGGACGUGUCUGAUCACUUGACUCCGUUUAUUAAAAUCAUUUCUUUUCAGUCUGAUGAUCAUGUGGAUGAAUUGUCACCACAAAAUACUGGUGAUGAUAAUGUGCAAAUUGUUGAACCGAGUUCCAUCUCAGAAAGACGGGAUCCGCGCGUGUUGAAGAUGGAUGCUCGAACGAAAAGAGCCGUGGCUUCAAUUCUUUCCCUGGAAUCGGGGAUUACAUUUUCCUCUCCGCCUAGUACCACUGAAGAAACAACUAACAGCAGCUACCAAGAGAGACUCACUGGCGUUAUGACCACAUCGACGGAUGCCUGUACAGAUAAAUCGGUUGUCUUACCCAUCAGUCAAACAUCGUCUUCAGAAACACUGACCAUUCAGUCCUUUGGUGAAGAUACCAGCAAGCCUAUUUCUCGCGAAUCGUCGCAGAUGAACAUGACAGCUGAAGCUUCGAACAAAACUGCUCCAGAUCCUGCCAACCCAUCAGACGGCGUGGAACAAGAAAACAAUUCUGAUUUUACAGCUCUGUGGUCGGAUAUCUUGGAAACGAAUGCCGUCACGUCUGGCAGUAUCUCGGAGACCGGUAGUGGAGACCAGAGCAAGUCAAAGUAUGUGACAUCUUCCACGCAGACGCCCAUCGAGCCAGCAGAGGAGAAGAUAAUCGUGCCCAGUGUCUACAAGUCAUCGGUGAUCGAUGUCAGCCACAUUAAGAAGGAGUGCGUGGACGAGGAUGACGGGGGAGGGAAAAACAAACAAACACUUGUUGUUGUUCGGCUCCCAGAGGGCGCGGUUGUCACACAGCCGGUGGUGCAGACACGCUACAAAUACGAUGAUGCACCAUUCCUUGAUGAGAAUUAUUUGGACAUUUUCAGAUGUAAGAUAUGCUGCUAUGAGACCAAAAAGAAGGCAAACUGGUACAAGCACAAACAGAAACAUUUAGGCCUGCGACCUCAUGCGUGUGACCAGUGUCAGUAUCGGGCAGCAACAGCAAGCAACCUGAAGCGCCACCUGGCAAUCCAUGCCGACAUCCGUAACUUCAUGUGUCAGAUCUGUGGGAUGUACUUCAGACAGAAGAUCCAUCUUGAGAGACACAUCAAAUAUAAACAUGAGGUGAAACAGGUAAAAUGCCCAUUGUGUGAAUAUGUCUGUGCCAAUGAAAACCCUGACCUGAAGGUUCACAUAAAGCGGAAACAUUUCACAGGCGAACUCAUGGAAUCAUCACUGAAGGCGUUCACCUGUUCCGAAUGCAAUCUGAUCGCUCUGUCCAAGAAGGACCUGAGGCAGCACAUGAAGUUCCACAAACAAGGGCCGGAGCUGAAGCUUUUCUGUGAACACUGCAGCUUCGUCACGGACUGUGACAGCCGCUUGCGUCGUCACAUGUUCAUUCACACCAAGGAGAAGCCAUUCCAGUGUGGAAUGUGUGAAUACAGGGGAUCACAGAAAGAGCACGUGUUGAGACACAUGAGAAAUGUGCACGAUAUCGAAAUACACAGGCGGCAGCGGAAGCAGGCGGCGAAUAACCAGCUUAUCGAAGGAGGACAAAUUUCCAUGGCUGCCCUCUCUAAGCUGAUUGAUCGCAAUGAUUACACAUGCAGGGACAAGAUCUUCGCCUGCAAUCACUGCUCCAUGAAGUUCUCCAAGUUGUUGAACCUGUACAAACACCUGUACACCCAGCACGAGAACAUCAUGCCACCGCAGAAGGACGACGAAUUUGGCUGCGUGGUGUGCGAGUUCCAGACCAACACGAAGAAGAAUUUACUGGUGCACAUGCGCAAACACAACAUGCACGACCACAACCCACCAUCCCACGUCUACUCGUGUGUGCUGUGUCGGUACCAGAAUCCCAAGCGGCGGAACCUCUUCCAGCACAUGAAGAAGAAACACCACAUCGAGAUCGUCAUGAAGGAAGACGGAACGACCAGCUGCUUCAUUGAAGAUUCGUCCACCCUUCCGGAUGAUCUCGACCAAAACCUGAUGACGGUUGGCGACAUUGUCACGACAACGACAUCAAAUUUUGACAGUGAAGGGGACGAAAGUGAGUACAAAAACGUCAUCAGCAUCCAGAACUUUGCCUCGUUGGUGGCGCCACAGCCGACAGCUAUCAACGAUGGAGAAGGAAAUUUGAUCAUUGAUACUGAGAUCUCGUCCAUUCAGGAUAUUCAGACUAGUCACACCGAUGCUGCUGAAGCCAUUGAAGGACUCCAGGCACUCUCGCAGCAGACGCGAGUCUCCGGGGUUGUCGAGGUCAUGGGAAGUGAUGAUCAGACUGUCACCCUGCUGGAUCAGCCAACUGUCGUGAUGAACGAAAGUAGAGGCAUUGAGGAAUUCUCUCAGGAGGAGAAACAGAGCAUUCAGCUGACCGCAGAUCAGCUAGUUAACCUGUCGUCUGGGGACUACGUGGAAAUUAAUGGUGAGGUGUAUAAAGUGGAAAUAUCGGCAGAAAAUAAACAGCAUGGAAUUUCUGCGGAAAAUAUUGAACUGGAAGAAGUGUCCUGUGUGGACUGAUUUUUUUUACUGCAUUGUAUCACAUUUCAUUCAAUGUUUUUUGUCAAUUUUGUUUCAAAAGUUGGCACAAAUUUUAACAGUGAAAUAUAUUUACAACAGAAAAAUCACCCAAGACAAAAUAAGACUGUGAAAUGGCACACGGUUAACUGCAGUUGGAAAAAAAGUUUGAUUCCAGAUUCUGUCUCACAAUAGGUUAAUUAGUUUUUGUGCAAGUAUGUCGUUUGUGAGUGAGCAGGACUGAUUUCACAACAAUUUCACAAUAAUAUGCAGCAUGUUACAAGAAAUUUUCAGUGCUAGCUUUGGCAUUCACCACAUUCACUAAUUACAAAGUUUGAAAGCAGUUGGUGAAUUUUAUUUUAAUUUGGCGAAAUAAUUUCAUGUAAUAAUUAAAAUUUUAAAGAAAAUAUUGAUUUCUGAAAUGUUUCAAGCUGAAUAGACAAUUUGAGCUAGUCCUGAAUAUCCCUUCAUAAUGUACCUGUAGUGUACAUUUUUAUAACGUUAAAAGUUUAGUUCACAGUAUUUUAUAUCCUAUACGCAAAUAUUUUCGCGGCUAAACUAAUCCUCGAUUGGGCUUUCAUUUUACAUUUUCGCAAGGAAUUAUUUUCGCGAAAAUGUCCCCGGAUAAUAAAAUCAAAAUUACCCAUAUUUCAUUUGCCAAACUCUUUUCAAUGAUGAUUUCACGCAAACACUGACAUGUUCACCAUGCUGUCAGCGAGACGUCAAUGUUGUAUGUAUGUCUGAUAAGACUAUUGUCAUGUUAUCGAUGGAACACGCACCUGCGAUACAGAACAUUGAAAAACGCAAAUAUCAUAAGAAAUAACUUUUCAUUAUUGGUGGUACCCACAAACUUCCAUUCAAGGUUACAAAGAAAACAAACAAAACUGAGAUUACGUAACAACAGACUUAACCCAACUGUGUGUCACUUCGAUCAAAUCCACGUGACCAUGCAGGUUUAAAGAAUCACGUGACCAUGCAGGUUUAAAGAAUCACGUGACCUUGCGGACCUCUGCUUGAUUCUGAUAUGGGUUGGGUAUGUAGAGAUAAGACUAUAUAUUAUAAGGGAAAUAAUAUUUUACCAAAUCGGAAAUAAGUUCGUGCGAUAUUAAAUUCGCGGUGCUGUCAACGAUUUUCGCAGUAUAUUUUAUUUGCAAACAUAUUUGCGUAUACGGUAAUUAGAACUUAAUAACUUGACACUGGUCCAUAUUCAUCAAGAUGUUGUUUGUAAAAGGUAUUGUAUUUUAAAAGUUAAUUAUACAUAUUAAUUGCUAACUUCAGUACACUUCACUCACAAAACUACCACAAAAUCUAAUUAUGAUCUGCUCUAAUCUACCAGCUGAUGGAACCAGUACAUUCUGUUCAGUUUCUUUUGUAUGAGUUAAAAUAUGCUUUUAAUAGCAGCAACUGGUAUGGUGGAUCCUUCAGCUGAACAAUAGCUGCCAGUCAGUGUUAUAAAUAUGAAACCAAAUACAAAUAGCAGUAUUUUGUGCUGAAAGGAAAAUAUUAUUGAUUAUUUGGCAAAAUGUGUGAAAAAUUGGGAGCCAAAUUCAUUUUGGCUCAACCAGACAAAAUGCAACAAAAUAAGUCAUUAAACUUUAUAGUUCCUUAAAUAGCUUUUUGGAAAAUGAAUAAUGACAUAAGACUAAAUUAAAUUUUGUUCAUAUUUGUCAAGUGUGAGAAUGACUGAUUUAUAUAUAUAUAUUGAUAUAUUUAUAUUCAUUUCACCAUAUUAAUAGAUAGAAAACAUGUUAUAAAAUAUAUGUGCAUUGCUUAGUUUAAAUUUGAAAAUGUUUUUUUUAUCAGUUUUUCAGACUGAAUAUGUCUGCAAAGAUGUAUAAGUUUAUACUUCUUAGGAAAUGUAAACUGAUGAAAAGUUGAAUUAUUGACUGUUAGAAUAUUUAAUUACUGUUGAAUGAUGUAUUCAUUAAAAGCAGUUAUGUUAAUAUAUUA